AUGUCUGAAAUCUACCUUGUUACUGGUGCCAACAGUGGCUUGGGACUUCACUCUGUUCGCCGCAUAGCCAUGAUGCCCUCCACCAAGAAAAUCUACAUGGGGUGCCGCUCUGAAAACAAAGCCUCCGUUGCCAUUGACUCGAUUAAGGGCAUGGAAGGAGUGGAUCGAUGUGACCAAGCUUCAACUCAGAAGCCCGUCGGGCCCAACCAGGUCCUUGAUAUCCACCAAAUCAAUUUGAUUGGACACGUUCAGCUUGUGGAGGCUCUCAAGCCCAAGCUAGCCCAGGGAUGUAAGAUUGUCUUCUCAGGAUCAGAAGCGGCUCGUGGGAUCCUCAUCAUGAUGAUUGGUACUCCCAAGCUUGGUGGCACAAGUGAUUGGUACAGGAACCAACUUGAAGGGAAAUUUCCUGGUUAUGAUCCCAUGGAUGUAUAUGCCAAGACUAAGGGAUUUGCUGCCUUGUAUUUUGCUGAGUGGGCUCGUCAGAACCCAAAGUACAGUGUCCUGGUAGUGUCCCCAGGUGGUACCUCUGGCACUUCUGCUUUAAAUGCGGAUGCAGUGCCAGCUCACUUCAGAUUGAUGAUGCCUGUUAUGAUGCCCUUGCUGAAGGCAAUGGGAGUCAUUCAUAACUUGGAAGAUGGAACUGACCGGUACAUUCAGGCGCUGACUGGUAAAUAUGACGAAGCGUUCCAAAGUGGAUCUUUUGUUGCCUCGAAGCGGGGAACCACAGGCGAGGUGUGUGAUCAAACCGAACUCCGUAGUGGUAAGAUGUAUGCUGACACUGUGAAGCAAAAGGUUGCUUUUGAAGCACUGUCGGUUUACACCACAGUUGAGAAGUAG